AUGGGGUCUACAAAUGUCAAGAUUGUCUUUGGGAGCCACUCUAUUGCAUGGGAUGUUGCAGGAGUCAACAUUGUCACAAUCCUUUCCACUGGAUCAGUCAAUGGAAUGGUCAGUUCUUCGAGCAAAGUUGUCUGGCUCAUGUGGGAUUUGUUCGAAGGAGACGAACCCGAGGACCAGCUUGAGCCUGAAGAUCUACCAUCCGUGUCGGGACCAGAGUUCCAGCCUAAGGAAAACACCAUGGUCAUCAUCAACAAGUCCGGAGUUCAUCGCCUCGAGCAAGCUCCAGUGAAUGACCUCCAGCAUGUUUUCUCACCUUGUUCCGGUAAUUAUAUAUCUCCUUCAUCUAAAGGACAUUAUAUUGACAAGGCACUUGGCAAGGACCAAUACAGAGAGCUCAUGAGAGUCACUCGACAGUGGAGGCAGUUGAAGACCAUGAAAUGGCAUGGCUUCAGCCAUCGUUCCAAUGCUCCUAAUGCUGGAGAUCUUGCAUUGUUUUGCCCAACAUGUCCUCAGCCUGGGAUCAACAUAUGCUUGUCAGGGAAUGAAACACUUGAUGACUGGAAAUAUACCCGGUCAUUUGUGAUGGACGGUAAUUUCAGCUGUAAAUACAAGCAGGCAAAAAAUUGCAUCACUGAAAGUGAAAAGGCUUUUGACAGACUCGAUGAAGCAGCACCUGCCAAUUUGAAGACAGAAUGGUUGGCCAAUGAGAGGAUCGCUCAAUCCAGCAGAAUAAAUGAUCCUGCAGUGAUGGAUGUUUAUGAGAUAAAUAUCAAAAAGGCACCGAGCAAAAAGGAGAUUGAACUUAGACUGCUAGAGCAGGGUAAUGCCCGUAAUGCAGCACCAUCUUGGAGAUCUGUGGCGACAUGGAUAUCUAUGGGGUUGGCAAUCGAGGAGGCUCAAAUUGUAUUGCUCAUUGAGGUCCAAAGAAUCAGAAAACAAACUAUGGAGACACAGAGAUUAGACCUUGCCCAGCAAUGA